UUCGGAUCAGUAUUGAGUAGAAUUUUGUCCGGUUGAAAGGUGCAUAAGGUGAUUUCUGGUCGUAGAAUUCGCGACAAAGUUCCUAGUUCUGGCCGGGAUUCGUGUACACUCAUUGAGACGUCACAACCAAUCAAUGGAAGGAUUAAAGUGAUUCCGAUUUGUUUAGUUUAAGUGCGUGUGCGUAAGGAAGUUCAUUUAAGGAUAAUGAAGCUCAUAUUGGCCGCUUGUGUAGUUCUAACGAGCAUCUUGUCCGCUCAUUCAGACCAAUCGGAUUUCAAUCAUAUCAACUCUGAUGGUUCAUUCAGUUUUGGUUUGAAAAACUCUGAUGUUGGAGGCCACUAUCACACUGCUAGUGGUAAUCCAAAAACCAUAGUGAGGGGAAGAUAUGGUAGUCGCCAGCCGGACACAGGUCGUGUCGAAGAAACUGUUUAUACAGCCGGGCCGCGUGGAUUUCGCGCACGUGGACCUAAAAUUCAUCGAAAGCAAAGUCUAUCCCAAGUGCCAAGGGGUCCCAUCGGAACCCCCGAUGAUCCUCAGGCCGAUCCUUAUGAUGAUCCUAGUUAUGAUUUCCAAUUCAAAACACGUAACUACCAGCGUCGAGAAGGAGCGGACAGCAACGGACGAGUCAAUGGGCUGUACUCGUACGUGGAUGACGUUGGUGAGAAGCAUUCAGUACGCUACUCGGCUGGUGCAGGAACUGGCUUCGAGGUAGCAAAUCCUGUACCCGAUGCACCAAAUACGAUUGCGUACGAGAGUCCGCUGUAUAAGACGCACAAACAAGUUCGCGGAAAGGUGGCGUUUGAAAGUGGCCCCAGUGGGUCCGGGCAGUAUAAAUUAUUAUCGGUUGGUCCAGAUCAGCGACGGUCGGAAGCUACCGGACCAGAUGGUAUAACUAGAGGUUCGUACUCCUAUUUGGAUGACAAGGGACUUCAACGAACUGUACAAUACGUCGCUGGAGCUGGCAUUGGAUACAAAGUUGUUCAAAGUACAGUUGGAGCAGGAAGCCAUUUGCUGGCACAACCCACCACUAACUUCGGUAUUAAUCAUGUUGAGCAGAGCGAGAUAGCUGACAACAACAAUCCGAGUUACAUCACGGGUCCUUCUGGCCCAGGAGUAUUUCCUACUGCGAGCGAACAUCCAGGAGGUGGAUCAAGACCUACAGGAGCUGGAUACGAUGGUAGUCAUCCCACCGGUCCGGGGUACGACAGCUCAAGACCCACUGGAAGUGGUUAUGAUGGUUCAAAACCAGAAAAUGAUGGUUAUGACAGUGGGCGACCGACAGGAUCAUCCUAUGAUGAUGAUUUUGACAGAAAGCGACCAACAACUCCGUCAAGUAGGACUCCUUCAAGUACUGAUCGACCCGAUUCUGGUGAGAGUAAGGUACGUUUUCCCGAUGAAGACAAUGAAUAUGGAGGAAAGGCACCCGAUGAAAGCAUAAUUGGUCUUAUUCCUCCAAAAUUUGAAUUUGAGAUUACAGAAGAAUCCCCGCCGUCUGGGCCAUUUGAAAUUGGAAUUUCCAGCGCUCCAUCUGGUCCAUCAGGAUCGAGCGGUCCUUCAGGUCCUGGAUUUCCGAGCUUUGACGAAUCGGCUCCGGGCGCAUAUAACUCCAACGAUUUCGCCAACUAUCCCGAGGUGACUUACGAUCGGAAGAAACUAGAAGAGGAUAGAAAAAAGGAUUGGCGUGAAUUUGUAAAGGAUUCAACCAUAAUCAAGAAUGUCGGGGAUUGGUACGUUGGACUUGCACCAGGUGCAUCAGUGAGGGCACACAUUCAGAAUAUUGAUUUACUGCCAUACGGAGGACGCGCCCCAUCACCCAGCGAGGCACUGAGGAGGGAUACUCAAUCGAAAAAGAAAAGGAACGAUGAAAAGGAAGAGACACGCAAUUAUCCUGUGCAAAUACCAAAUAUGAAAACUAGUACUGUAAAAAAAAUGAUGGUGUACUUGUGCCAGUUUUUCGUGCUAGUUCUGAUUGGGGCCGUUUCCGGCUUAGAAGUUGCACCUGCAUCCUAUCAUCCACAAACUUACAUCCGACCUUAUGGAUACAAUGCAUAUCGUGAUCUAAGCUAUCCAUCUCACAGCGGAUAUGCCGACAGUUCAAGGAAACGUCAAUCUUCACAACUAUUGCCUGAUCAAAAUGUGAGAUAUGGGUCGGGAGUACCAGAAUUAAGACCACAAGCAUUCACAGUACCUAUUGGCAUCGCCCAACGCAGUCUACCUUCUGGUUCAAGCUUGCCACCAAACUUCUCACGAAACGAUCGUGAUUAUCGGAAUGGGAUAAUUUUCAAUACUUACCCGUAUCCCAGACAAACCAUCGGCAGUGCUGUUCCGCUAUAUGUAGCUACCAGUGGUGGCCGUAUAGUUCCGAACAGGAUUGAAGAGAAUUAUCCAACAUCACCACUAUAUAGAACCAAUAAUCCAUCUAGGUCUGAAUAUCCACCCAAUAUUCAGAACACAGAAUCUCAACCACGUGAUUCGCAAAGAUUUUUGAACAACAAUGAUGACUCGUAUAAUUUGGGAAGGGAUAGUGUUAGUGGAAACCCUUCUUCCAACUCGGGCCAACCGCAGAAUCCAACAUCCGGCAACAGACUAACCACACCGAAUGGAUUGGAUGGUAGAGAUGGCGACGUACCAAAUUCAUCUGGCUCACUUAGAUCACCAAACAACAACGGUGCUCAAACAAGACCUUAUAGUAAUAGUAACAGCUUAAAUCAGCAAAUUCCAAAUUUUGAACAACCAGAUUAUAAUUCUCGUGGGAAUGCAGCAAGACCAAAUUCGUUCCGGGAUUAUGGUGAUAUCCAAAAUUAUCCGUUUGGUGCCCCGAAUACCGGACAAAUACCACUGAAUGUUAGACUUUACGCACCGAAUGAUUUUGGGCAACGAAGGUUGGGCGAUACUUCCAGACUCAAUGUUAAAAGCACAAAUCCAAGUUAUGAUCAAUCGAAUCGAUUCCCGCAACAGCCACAGUCCGAUAAUCGAAACUAUCAGUACUCACAGGAUGGCUUAGGACAACAAAGAUCGAAUAAUCCUUCGAGAUCUCUCGACGAAGGUCGUCAUCAGCAGUUGCCAUUUGGUACACAACCCAAUCAGGGAAAAUCCAAUGCCACACCAAAUAAUUCAAUUCAACGAGGAACACCAACUUCAUUUGGAUCUGGUCGAGCAGAUUUCAAUAAUCUUCAAAGUGGAGUUCCAAUUUAUGACCAAUCAAAUCGAUUCCCGCAACAAACAAAGCCAGAUAACCGAAAUUUUCAACAAACACAAGAUGUCUCAGCACAACAAAAAACGAAUAGUCCUCCGUAUGCUGGUUUCGUAGAGCCUAUUAGGUAUGGAUCAUCAGACGAAAAUCAACCACGCCAGUUGCCAUUUGGUACAGGACAUCCCAAUCAGGGAAAAACCAAUGCCACACCGAAUGAUUCAAUUCAACGAGGAACACCAACUUCAUUCGGAUCUAGUCGAUCAGAUUUGAACAAUCCUCAAAGUGGAGUUCCAAGUUAUGACCAGUCAAAUGGAUUUCUGCAACAAACAAACCCUGCUAACCGGAAUUACGGCUUAGGGCAACCAAUAACGAAUAAUCCUUUGAGAUCUGCUCAGGUAGAGCCUGGUACGUAUGGGUCUACAGGCGAGGGUCGCCCACAGCAGCUGCCAUUUGGUACAGGAAAUUCUAAUCAGGGAGAAUCUAAUUUCACACCGAAUGAUUCUAUUCAACGAAGAAAACCAACUUCAUUCGGAUAUAGUCCAGCAGAUUCUAACAGUCCUCAAAGUGGAACAUCUUCUCGUGAUUUAGCUCAACUCUCAAAUGUUCCAGGAUAUCAACGAUUGAAUAACCCACUCAAUUUGCGAGCUAAUGGUUUAAAUGAUAAUCAGAAUACAAAUUUCAAUCAGGAUCGUGCUCGUCCCUUUCCGUUUCAUUCACUAAAUUCCGGUAAUCCAAGUAGUAAUUCCGCAACAGGAGAGGCGCAGGGCACCAGAAAUCAAUUCGCAUCUGGCUCCGAAGAUUCGAAUAAUUUUAGAAUUGGAAAUUUAAACCCUAAAAAUGUUGGUUCUCCAACCGAUGGGCCUGUCAAUUCAACAAGUGUUCAAAACACUAAUUCAAAUAGGUUCGGAUCACCCACGUCAUCAAAUCAAAAUCCACAUCGACAUGAACUUAAAGCGUUACCGAGUGGUUUAACACAACGAAAUACAAUUACCGGGACUUCCAAGUCAACAGAUGCUGAUUCAAACGCUUACCAAGGAAGGAUAGAUCAAGCUCAAAAUCAAGUUCCUAAUAGUCAAAAAUCCAGCAGCGAACCAAGAUCUACAGACAAAUAUUCAAUACCCGCAGUUGGUGAGAAUCAACUGAGUUCGAAUUCGGGAACUGGUCAAAUAACGAAUCCGCUAAACAUUCCUGCUCAAAAUCAGGUAAUUUCCGAUCACACGAAUAAAAAUUCCAACGAUAAUCCAUCAAAUAAUGCGAAUAAACAAAACCAAUUUCCGUAUAGUAACCAAUCGCCCCAGCAUGCUUUUACGAACAAGUCAGUUUCCGAUCCACUCGGUACUGGAAGUAAAUUACCUGGAUUUAGCAAUAGUGGACAAAGUGUCAAUAGCCGACAUGGAGAGACAGACCGUGGCUACGGUGUCGGUAAUGUUUACGGAAAUGCCUCGCGAUUCACCAAUUCAAAUGCGGGUAUUAAUCGAGUCGGGUACAGAAACCAAGCCGGUAGACAAGCGGUAAUUUCUUCCGGAGAAACAGCCAAAGCUUCGAGUGGUCUACCUGCAGGAACAGCACAAGGUUCAUCUGUUUCGCCGUAUUUGUCUGCACAGAGGACUGAUGGAUCAACGAAUUCCUAUGUCAACGAAAAACUGAAAGGUGGAUACACUAACAACCAAGAGCAACUAGCAACAUCUCUCCGCGCAGAACUAAAUACGCCCUCAGGAAAUCAUCAGACAAAAGGGAUUUAGUUUUUUUAACUGCAGUGUAUUCAUAAAUACUUUGAACUUUAUAAAUAUUGAACAAAAAUGAUAUUCUGUAAUAUGAAAACAUAUAUUUUUAGUUUAAUUUCUAGUAUAUAUAUAUUUAAUUGAUUAUAUGAUUGUUUUACAUAAUGUUUUUUCAGAAUUAUAAAACGUCAUAAAAUUAUAUAGUAUUUCCUAUGUGAUACUAAAAUUAAAUUAUUAGGGACGGUACAGUUCAUUUGUGUUGUAAAUUCUAUCGAUUUUUCCUCAGUAAAUUAUUUGUGCUAGGUUUCAUGCUUAUGUUCUUAGAAGAAUAUAAGACUGCGGUUACAUUAAAUCCGAGUUCAUAAGAAUACUGGAUUGUACGACAACUGACGAAGAAAGAGACUAUUUUGUUGGCUCGAUUCAUGCGUUUUGCUAUGGACGAGUUCGAAGGAAGGGAGGGUAAGCAAUGUAAGCACACCAAUAUAAUUAUGUGUAGUUGCUUACUCCUGACGAUUGCGUAUGAUUGGUAAGUCCACAUUUUCGUACAAAGUAGUAUCUGAUGUAACAGCAGCCUAAUUGAGAUUAUAAAACAAAAAAAAGAAAUUGUUUUUUUUCUAAUAUGUAUCACCUUCCCCUGCAAUUAUAUCUUCUACGCGUCGAGAUGAUUACUUAGGCUUCGUGUACAAAUUACGUAACACGAGAAGGAGAGGGGGAAAGAGAGGAUCGAUGUUGCGUUACUUAACGUGACAUAGAUGUGAGUGAAGGUAGCCGUGAUCGUUACGUAUCAAAAUUCCAUAACCUAGCGAACUAUGGAUAUCCCGUCAAAGCAGAAUAUUGAAUUUUGAGUCGCUGUUGCAACAGGGGGUCCGUCGUAACAUUCCCCCGCCCGUAAACCUUGGUCUUCUGGAACUCCGGAUGUCUUUGAACCAGGUUUACCAUUGUCCACGACGUCCAAAACGGCAAGUUUUACUGCUGGUCGUCGAAGAACUCCCGUUGCAGUGCGUACGAGCGCCUGACGUACUCUCCCGUCCUUGCCGAGAAACACCUGCUCGAUGCGUCCUCUUGACCACUGGCUCCUCGUGGAUCCACUGACCACCAACACUAAGUCGCCAACGGCCAGAUCCCUUCUUCACUUUUUCACUUCUUCAAACCAUUUACACCUGCGGGUGAUUACAGGCAAGUACUCCUUGAGCCAACGCCGCCAAAAUCCUUCAGUGAUGAAUUGCGGUAGCUUCCAGCUACUCCUCAAUACAGUGCGACUGUCCACGGGAGCCGUAGGGUGAAUUUUCACUCCAGUAGAACCGCCCAGCAAAAAGUGGUUAGGAGUCCAAGCCUC